GCAUGGAUGUCACGUAGCAAUUUCCAUGAUCUUGGGUUAUUCCUUCAGGUACAAGAAAAACAUGUGUGUCCAUUUGUAAUGAGACAAAGUGGGGGUUCGUAAAUUUCUCAUCCCUCUUGAAUCCCAGCAGCGAACAAUGACAUCGAAGAAGGGGCAGGGGGUCUUCUGGUAUAAAAGCAUUUGCCAGACAGAAAGUCUGCAUUCAACAUUAUUUCCACUUUCACAUAUACGUAAUUUUACUGUUGUUCCAAAUUUUUUCGAUAAUUUAGUUACAAGUUUGGUUGGAAAGUUAGAUACAAAUUUCGCUGCAGAUACAGUUACAAAAGUUGCAAAUUUACUUGCAGAAUUAAUUGCGAAUCCGGUUACAAAUUUAGAUGCAAAUUUAAUUGCGAAUUCGUUUGCAAAUCUAGUUAAAAAUUCAGUUACAAUAGUUGAAAAUUCAGUUACAAUAGUCAAAAAUUUGGAUUGCGUUGCAACAUUUGACAAAACUUUAAAUAAUGAUUCUGUGGUUUCUUAUUAUUUCUCUGACGGUUUUGCUAGUGAAAGAUGUACACGCUUUUCCGAAAUCAUCUCCGUAUGGAAAUCCGUUAAUAUUCAUGAGAGGAAAAAGAACUCCGAUCAGUGCUUAUCCCCAAAGAACGAUGAUGUUCUUUUAUAGACCGGUUCGGCGAACCGAUGGCGAUCAGGCGACUGCGGUUUUUGCUCAAGGAAAUUCCGUGAAAGCCGGAACUUAUUUAAAAGGUGAUUUCCAGCCAAAUUAUUUAAAACCCGGUCCAGAGCCCAUCAAUGACCCGGAAACGUCAAACUUCCAAGGUGAACCAGUCUCGCAAUUAGAGGAGAACAUAGGUUCAGUGAAUCAUCAGCAUCAAGAUCAGCCAACUUGGAAUCCAAUUCAGGAUCAGUCAGAGUCGAACACUGAAUCAUAUCGUGACACAACAAAUCCUCCGGAAGAAGCAUCUCAGACGGAAGUUGCUCCUGGUCCGCGGAAAAAAAAUAUUGGCAAGAAGGGAAAAAAAGUUAUUCGACCAAUAAAAGAAGAAGAAGAAGAAGAAGAAGAAAUUGAGGAAUAUGAGGAUGAAGAUGAGGAUUUUGAGGAAACUGUUCCCUUUGUUCCAAUGAAAGGAAAACGACGUUAUCCGUAUUCGAGUCGUAAUAUUUUCUUUCCAAUGAUGUUUGGAUAUCCUCUAGGUGCCACAAGGUCUGGUUCUUCUUCCGAACCUUCCGGUUCUGUCACUGCCAUCGCCAAUAGCUAUUCGACAGGAAAAGGAGGUGUUGCAAAUUCUGUUGCCACUGCUUAUGGUGGAUCGCCUCAGAAGAAGGCGAGACGACCACCAACGGCUGAAGAUUAAUAAUAAACUACACUAUACACUGUAUAUAGAAUCAAUGACUUAAUUAUUGUUGUAUUCUUCUGUAAAUUAUUAUAAUUGGAUUUGAAAAACCGAGAAUUUCAAUAAUAAUUGAAAACAUCAAUAUUAUUAAAAAAACGUACCUAAUUAUUAAUUAAAGAAAUGUUUGCAUAUUUUUGCAUCAGUUUUAAGUUUUAUAAAAAUCCAAUUUAAUAAUUUACAACUAUAAAAUUAUAGAAAAAAAUAAUAAAAUCCAAAAUUAUAA